CCGAAAGUGCGGCCUGGUCGGCGGUGAGCGGCAGAAGGCCACGUCCCGGCCGCGUGCCUGAGGAGGAGCCGGAGUGCAGAUGGCGGCGGCAGAGGCGGUGCACCACAUACACCUGCAGAACUUCUCCCGCUCGCUGCUCGAGACCCUCAACGGGCAGCGGCUGGGCGGUCACUUCUGCGACGUGACGGUGAGGAUCCGCGAGGCUUCGCUGCGUGCACACCGCUGUGUGUUGGCUGCUGGCUCGCCCUUCUUCCAGGACAAGCUGCUGCUCGGCCACUCGGAGAUCCGCGUGCCGCCGGUGGUGCCUGCGCAGACGGUGCGCCAGCUCGUCGAGUUCCUCUACAGCGGCUCGCUUGUGGUGGCACAGGGCGAAGCCCUGCAGGUGCUCACGGCCGCGUCCGUGCUGCGCAUCCAGACGGUCAUAGACGAAUGCACGCAGAUCAUUGCCCGCGCCCGCGCGCCGGUCCCGGGCGCGCCCGCACCCCUACCCACGCCCGUGCCCCCUCCUCUUGCACCCGCGCAGCUACGCCACCGUCUGCGCCACCUGCUUGCCGCGCGCCCUCCGGGCCACCCCGGUGCCGCGCAUAGCCGCAAGCAGCGCCAGCCAGCGCGCCUGCAGCUGCCCGCGCCCACUGCGCCCACCAAGGCCGAGGGGUCGGACGUCGACCCCGCCCUACCGGCGCCCCCAGACGACGGCGGCGAUGGCGACGAGGAGACCGAUGAUGAAACCGAUGGCGAGGACGGCGAAGGCGGCGGCCCGGGAGAGGGCCAGGCGCCCCCUUCCUUCCCCGACUGCGCCGCCGGCUUCCUCACAGCCGCCCCUGACAGCGCGUGCGAGGAGCCGCCUGCACCCGCUGGCCUCGCUGACUACGGCGGCGCCGGGAGGGACUUCCUUAGGGGGGCGUCGGCUGCCGAGGACGUGUUCCCGGAGAGCUACGUGUCCGCUUGGCAAGAUGAGGAUGGCACCGCCGCGGAAGCCUGUCCCACCGAGACCCCGGCUCCGCCUGACUGCGUCCUGUCCGGAUCCCGCGUCCCUGGCGUGAAGACCCCGGGGCCUCCAGUCUCGCUUUUCCCGUUUCAUCUGGGCGCUCCUGGGCCACCUGCGCAACCUUCUCCCGCGCCCUCCGGCCCUGCUCCUGCACUCUCCUCCGCCUUCUACCCCGCGCUCCAGCCAGAUGCGGCCCCCAGCGCGCCUCCUGGGGAGGCGCCGGCCCCGCCCGCCGCUCCCGCCGUGGCCCCCUCGGCCACCCCUGCCCGAGCCCCGGGUGCCACCGAGCCACCUGCCUAUGAGUGCAGUCACUGCCGCAAGACGUUCAGCUCGCGGAAAAACUACACCAAGCACAUGUUCAUCCACUCGGGGGAGAAGCCCCACCAAUGCGCCGUGUGCUGGCGAUCUUUCUCACUGCGCGACUACCUGCUGAAGCAUAUGGUCACACACACAGGCGUGCGCGCCUUCCAGUGCGCUGUCUGCGCCAAGCGCUUCACGCAGAAGAGCUCGCUCAACGUGCACAUGCGCACGCACCGGCCCGAGCGCGCGCCCUGCCCCGCCUGCGGCAAGGUCUUCUCACACCGCGCGCUGCUCGAGCGCCACCUGGCCGCGCACCCUGCGCCCUGAUCCAGUUCUGGGCCUGGCUACGCCCACCGCAGGAUUGACCACGAUCCCGCGCAGUAGGCCACCCUCUGCCGGGUUAGGGACCUCCCGUGGAACUAGGCCACAACCACCGCGGGACCGGUAACAUCCCUGCCUAGACGCCCGGACCACAUUCCCACCACCAAACCACACUUUCCCCAGAGCGCAGGCCUUCCCUCUGCUUCCACCCUUUCCCCCAGACCUGACCGGGGGUCCGGCCUGCCUUACCCCUCUCCUCCCUCGUACUUAGACCCUCCUGACGGUGGCAGGCUGGGGCUGGGUUUGGUCAGGGACCCGACCACCCCUGAGAACUGGAUCAUCUCCAGUCUAAACUCAGAGACCCUUGGGCCAGGCCCAAGAUUUGUGGCUUGAGUGGGGUGGGUUCUGGAGCUGCUCCUCUGCCCCAGUGUAGAGCUGGGCAUGAUCCCUGGCUCCCCACCGUACC